GUUGUACUAAACGGCGACGACAGCCUACCAAUUAUCCCAAAAAUAACACAUGUCUGACCGACUAAAAGCCGUUAGUCUAUUAGUUGUGGCUUUUACUCCUGAUAUUUUUGUGCUUAUCUUUACCCCAGCAAAGAGCUGAGCAGGGCCAAUGGGAUACCAUGCUGGUAUCUUCGAUUGUCAAAGCCAAGGAGAAAAGCAAAACUCGCAGCAACAACGUAGCAAAAGCCAAGACAAAACUAUUAAAUAUUCAUACAAAUACGUCAAUAGUCAAUUUUCAGCCUUUCAGCUAUCGGAAGUCGGUGGGAGUCGCUUCGGAUCUUACUGACAAGUCUCUAAACGGGUGCGAGGACGUCUAAGCGAUGCGAGAAUAACCAACGGUCCAUACAGAGUCCAUCUAUAUAAACCACCACAGGAGCCGGUUUUGAGGGUACUGCAUUCUCCCAAACAACUUUACAAACAACCACAUAACUAACAUAACCACCAUCACUAUGCGCUUCUCUACUUUCUUUGCUGCUGCUUUCGCGGCUUUCUCCAAUGCUUCAUAUUGUUCUGCGGGUGCAACUGAGCCAGUCAUCUGUGGCGGAAACGGUUACGUUGGUGCCACGAAUACCCCUUGGUACAAAAAGUCACAGGACGAGGGCACCAUCCAGAACUGCUUUGUCUCCUGCACGGGUGGCUGCAAAGCCAUCAGCUUCGACACCCAAGGCAAGGCCUGUGGAGCCACUGGCUAUGUCGGAGCCAAGAACAUCCCUUGGUACAAGAAGUCGCAGACCGAAGGCAAUAUGAAGAACUGCCUCGAUGCCUGCCGUGGUGGAUGCAAGGCUGUCAGCUUCGACGUCAAGUACAAGACCUGCUACUUCUAUACUGCCGAGGUCUCCAGCAUGCAGCUUUACACUGUUUCUUCGCCCAUGAGCUUCUACUAUUUUGACCGAGCCUGUGGCCAUGAAGUUGCCGAAACUGACUAUGCCUAAUCUGGUCAUGUUACCGCUGAGAGCUAGCCCAGUUGCUUUCGACUUUUGUCUCUUACUCUAGUGCCGGAGGGCCUGUUCUAUACGAUGUUGGCGGGGAUUGCGAAGCUAUGUACUACAGUACUAGCAGCAAGUGAUGUUAAGUAUAUAGAUCAACGUUCAGUACAAAAUAAUUCUUGACAACGAUAAGUUAGAUGACUGUAUUUGCUAAACUCAUAUUAG